UUCAACUCCAUCAUUUUGCAUUUCGGGUAUCAUAUCCUCAACGCUAGAUCAACGACCAGUCUCAGCACUCGUUCUCACCAAAACACAACCGCCUAUUACGUCUCCAUGCGCUUGAAGCUUAGCUCCUCGAGCCCACGUCCGUCCUUGGGCUAUGGAAUUCCCAUCCUCCACAAUUUCGGUGAUCGACUCGUAAGACACCUGACCGAAUCUGGCGAUACACCACUUUCAGGGACUCUGAUUUUAAAUCAUACCGCCGACCCAUCCAUUCCUCCUUGGUCGAAGGUCCUGUCGGGAUGCGAGUGCUUUCUGAUGGGUUUGAACCAUCCAUUGCGGUCAUCUUGGUCGAUGAAGCCAACAAAGGAGAUGAAUAGCUCUAAUUUUCUAUCCUUCUUGUCUAUGGAUAGAAUAGCUAUCAUAGGUAUCUGCAGAUUGUUGCAGGAGUGUCCUGAUCGUGGGGGCACAUCAAGACGUUUCCUGGAUUCUUGGGGGUUGAUGCUAUGGAUGCCUACAAUGGGGCUCGGAGUCGGCCAGGACCGCAACAUCGGACUCGGUACAGUUGUAGGCAGCUACAAGGUCGAGAUGAUGGUGGCGUUGUUUGGGGGGGAGGUUCAAGCUAGUCGGUUUCUUGGGGAGUUUCUCCUUGGAGAUGCCGAUCUACUUGUCGACGGUACCGGUAAAGGCGCUGUUGAGGGUGAUCUUUUGAAUCCUUGAUAUGCUGAUGACGGGCUUUCAUGAAGACGGGGAUUAACGCCUCAAUAUCGUCGGGUUUCAGGGGGGAGAUCACGGCCCAUACCAACGAGAUGAAGUCCCAGAAGUCUCAGAAGUGAUGAUGCUGGCGCAAGCGUUUAAAAACAUCCUCAUGCACAAGGCAGACUCUGAACACGUUCAUAGUGCGAUUCUAGAUGUUUCCUGCAACGACGGUCAUGUCGAGAGAAAUCGCAUUCAAUGGAAAAAUCAACGGUGUUGGCGAGCAUGGAGUAGUUUUUAGGUCUAUCCAGAAGCUUUUCAGUCCGCGCUCAGUUGCUAUGUGGCCAUAGUCGUAGAGGAAAAGGUCUGGCCGAUAGGUUUCGGGAGAAUCCUCG